CUGGAGGGGCAGAGCAGAGAGCUCACAGAGCACCGGAGUCACACACCGACUCUCCCCCCCUCUCCUCCUGCAGCUUCGCUUUCAGUGCUCCCCUAUUAUAUUAGAUAGCUAUCUUCUGCUGCUUUGACUAGAAAGUAACCCCUUCCCUCCUCACUGAGCCCGGGCAGAGGACUCCACAGCACAGCCCAGAACUGCAGACUAAACUUUCUCCUUGUCCCGGCUGGCUGCCUGUCCCCUGCCUCUUAAAGGGCUAGCACCCCUCACCUGAUAACACGCAGACCAGGAAGCCUCUUCAAGCUUCCCCAAUAGAGUAGAACUAACUGUAUGACACGAGUGUCGUCCCGACCAGGACCUCACCAUAACCGAGCGCUCCAACAGUCCGAGGACACGUCCAUUGAAACUUUCCCAGAGAAGACUGGUCCUCGGGGACCUGAACUACAGAUUGAAUAACAUAGAGGAAUUCUACGGGAAGAACCGGCUGACAUGUGCUGCUGAGGAGACCUGCAGGCGGUACCGCAUCAGAACAGCAUCCUCCACGGCGUGUGUGUGUGGAGCCCAGGAUUACCGCAGCAUCCCGGACCCGUCAUGGCUCUGCUGUCACUCUGCUUUCUGGUAGCUGUGGCUGUGGGACAUGGCAAGACUUCAGCCCAAAGGGCUGGCAAUGAAGGAACCCACCGGAUAGAUUUAACUAAGAUAAAGCAAGGAGAAUAUGAACUGAUAACACCGAUAUCUACUGACGAAGAGGGACACCAUAUUUCCAAUAUUCUUUCCCUUAGUCACAAUAAAAGAACAGCAAGAGAUACUUCACACAGACGUCAGCCCCUUUUCUUUAAUGUUACUGCCUUUGGAAGAGAAUUUCAUCUUAAAUUGAAGCCAAACACUCGCCUUAUUGCCCCAGGGGCUGUAGUGGAGUGGCAUGAAGACCCUGUAAGUGCUGAAAACAGAAGCCAUGUUGGAAAUACUACCCAUGUUUCAAAUAGCACUGAGGAAAUCUGGAAAAAAGAGCCAUUGUGGACAAACUGCGCUUAUGUUGGGGAAAUUACAGAUAUCCCUGGAGCAUCUGUUGCGUUAAGUAACUGCGAUGGUCUGGCUGGAAUGAUACGUACAACAGAUGAUGAAUUUUUCAUUGAACCUUUAGAGAAAGGCAAACAGAAAGAGGAAGAAGAAGGAAGAAUACAUGUAAUAUACAAAAGAUCAACGAAAAAAAGGUUGCCGGAAGAUAUCCCCAACAGAUCAGACUUUUCUGGCCUUGAUGAUUUGGACAAUGUAUAUAGCAGUGUUGAAAGACAAGUGAAUGAGACUCUGCGGCGAAGGCGACACACAACAGAGAAUGACUACAAUAUCGAAGUACUGCUUGGAGUGGAUGACUCUGUUGUCAGGUUCCACGGUAAAGAACAUGUUCAGAACUACCUCCUAACACUGAUGAACAUUGUUAAUGAAAUUUACCAUGAUGACUCGAUAGGUGCUCAUAUAAAUGUAGUUUUGGUACGCAUGAUAAUGUUGGGCUAUGCAAAGUCCAUCAGUUUGAUUGAAAGAGGUAAUCCAUCUAGAAGCCUUGACAAUGUGUGUCGCUGGGCAUUCCAGCAGCAGAAAUCUGACCCCAAUCAUUCUGAACACCAUGAUCAUGCCAUAUUUCUGACCAGGCAAGAUUUUGGCCCUGCAGGAAUGCAAGGAUAUGCACCAGUCACUGGAAUGUGCCAUCCUGUAAGAAGCUGCACACUGAACCAUGAGGAUGGGUUUUCUUCAGCAUUUGUGGUUGCCCAUGAAACUGGCCAUGUAUUAGGAAUGGAACAUGAUGGCCAGGGAAAUAGAUGUGGAGAUGAAACAAGCAUGGGCAGUGUCAUGGCGCCCUUGGUGCAGGCAGCAUUUCAUCGUUACCAUUGGUCUCGCUGCAGUGGUCAAGAGCUUAAGAGACACAUACAUUUAUACGAUUGUCUUCUGGAUGACCCCUUUGAGCAUGAUUGGCCUAAACUUCCAGACCUCCCAGGAAUUAACUAUUCAAUGGAUGAACAGUGUCGCUUUGAUUUUGGUGUGGGAUACAAAAUGUGUACAGCUUUUCGGACAUUUGACCCUUGCAAACAAUUAUGGUGCAGCCAUCCUGAUAAUCCUUACUUUUGCAAGACUAAGAAAGGUCCCCCUCUCGAUGGCACAGAAUGUGCUCCUGGAAAAUGGUGCUACAAGGGUCACUGUAUGUGGAGGACCACUAACCAAGUUAAGCAAGAUGGCAACUGGGGAGCAUGGACAAAGUUUGGAUCUUGCUCAAGAACAUGUGGUAUCGGUGUACGAUUUAGGACUCGUCAGUGCAAUAACCCAAUGCCAGUGAAUGGUGGCCAAGACUGUCCUGGAUUAAAUUAUGAAUAUCAAGUGUGUAACACUGAAGAAUGUCCUAAGCACUUUGAAGAUUUUAGAGCCCAGCAAUGUCAGCAGAAGAACUCCCAAUUUGAAUUUCAAAAUGCAAAGCACCAUUGGUUGCCAUAUGAACAUCCUGAUGCCAGUAAAAGAUGCCAGCUUUAUUGUCAGUCAAAACAAACUGGAGAUAUAGCAUCAAUGAAACAACUUGCACAUGAUGGUACCCGCUGUUCCUACAAGGAUCCAUAUAGCAUAUGUGUGAGAGGAGAAUGCGUUAAAGUUGGCUGUGACAAGGAAAUUGGUUCCAAUAAGGUAGAAGAUAAGUGUGGCGUGUGUGGUGGGGAUAACUCACAUUGUCGAACUGUGAAAGGAACAUUUACCAGGACUCCAAAGAAAAACGGAAAACAAUUAAGCAAGCGGUGCCAAAAAGAGAUCAAGUUACUGGAAAAUGAAAUUUGGAAAACAAGAGGAGCUUUUACUUUACCUAAGGGAGCACGAAACAUCUCCCUGUUUGAAUCAAGAGAGUCUAAAAACAUUGUUGGCUACCUUAAGAUGUUUGACAUCCCUCCUGGUGCUAGACAUGUGUUUAUCCAAGAAGACGAGGCUUCUCCUCAUAUUCUUGCUAUUAAAAACCAGGCAACUGGACAUUACAUUCUGAAUGGAAAAGGUGAAGAAGCCAAGUCUCGAUCCUUCAUAGACCUUGGUGUUGAAUGGGAAUACAUAAUCGAAGAUGACAUUGAAACUGUACACACUGAUGGGCCUUUACAUGAUCCUAUUGUGGUGCUGGUUAUACCUCAAGAGAAUGACACCAAAUCCAGCCUGACGUAUAAAUACAUAAUUCAUGAAGACUCUUUGCCUUCAAUACACAAUAACAACGUUCUGCAGGAAGAACUUGACACUUAUGAGUGGGCUUUAAAAAGUUGGUCUCAGUGCUCCAAACCCUGUGGUGGAGGUUUCCAAUACACAAAAUAUGGCUGUCGAAGGAAAAGUGAUAACAAAAUGGUACACCGCAGCUUCUGCGAGGCUAACAAGAAGCCUAAGCCUAUCCGGCGAAUGUGCAACUUACAGGAGUGUACACAGCCUAUUUGGGUGGCAGAUGAAUGGGAGCACUGCACCAAAAGCUGCGGAAGUUCGGGGUAUCAGAUUCGAGUAGUACGAUGCAUCCAGCCUCUUCAUGAUGGGACAAACCGAUCUGUGCACAGCAAGUAUUGUACUGGAGAGCGCCCUGAGAGUAGAAGAUCAUGCAAUAGAACUCCCUGCCCGGCACAAUGGAAAACAGGAGCCUGGUCUGAGUGCUCUGUGACGUGUGGUGAGGGUAUUGAGGUGAGACAAGUCCUUUGUCGUGUGGGAGACGAGUGUGAUGGAGAAAAACCGAAAUCUAUAAGGGAAUGCAAGCUGACACCAUGCAAUGAUGAACCAUGUCUAGGAGACAAGUCAAUAUUCUGUCAAAUGGAAGUUCUUGCACGGUACUGCUCAAUACCUGGAUACAACAAACUUUGCUGUGAAUCCUGUAGCAAACGCAGCACUCAGUCACCCCCAUUUCUUACUGAAGCAGCUGAAACUGAAGAUGAAUUCACUUAUGAUCCCAGCUUAUCAAGGGGUGGAAUGAUGCCAACAUCUUUAGCACCUGGUACUGAGGAAACCGAUUCUGACACUAAAAGCAUUCUGAGCAUGCUUUCCUCCAUUGAAAAUAACGCAGAUCUUGGUAUUGUAUCUGCUCAAGAAAAAACAAAGGCAUCACAUUCCUCCUCCAGAAGAUCCCACCUUGCAGCAAGCAAAUCUGUUAAGCUUUUAGCUGUUCCACCACCUCCAACAACCCACAGUAGCAACGUUCACGUACAUAAAGCUCCCUUAGUAGCAGCCUUGCCAUUGGCAGCUACUAACAUUCACUCACCUGGUUCUCAUUCAUCAGUGAGAAGCUCAAGGAAAAAUGAAAGGUCUUUUGAUAGGAGACGUUCUUUGCAGCCAUCCUCAAUAGAAAGAUGAAGUUAAGUAUUAAUAGACUGGAACAAAAGGACACAUUAGUGAAUUCUGCUUUAUAAAACAAGUGCAAAGUGCUGGUUCACUUCUUCACUCAUUUAUGUCUCCGACCAUUCUUUGCUUUCUGUUUAACUUGAAGUUACUGAAGAAAAAAACCAAAGAUAUGCAUCCAAGAGAAGAUAUGCCGGUCAUUGUGUACUUUGUUCAGUGGCCCUAAAACCAGUUUUGCACAUUAAGUUUUUGUGUUCUUUUCCCGUCAAAAAGACUAUUUUCCCACCUUCACUGAGUAUGUUAUUCAGAUAUAACAAAAAUAAUUAUUGUUUAGGUGUUCAUAUGUUGCAAUGUCAGUAUUAUUUUUCAUUGAUGUUUUUUUAUCUACGUUAUGUUUACCGGUUCUCCGUUUUGGGUGCUAAUACUUGCCUGUUGUUACAAACUGCCUUAUUACAUUCCAUUAGUCACAUCUCAAAUCAGCAGUUUCCUGCUCCAGUGGUUGUAUAUGACUUGCUGAUCUGACGGCAGCAUUGCCCAUCAUCCUGAUGGACUAUGUGGAUCUAAUAGAGAGGUCAGAUAUAUGUGCAAGGCACAGCAUGUCUUUUGAAACCACUUUGCUUAUCACAUUACAUUUUUUUCUCUAGAAGCAUUAAGAUUUAGUUUUUACUAUACUGGGGUGAAAAGGGAUAGAGUUGAAAAAGACACUCUCAUUAGCAAAGAAAAAUGUGUAGAAAUGAAUUUCAUGAGUGGGAAGAACAUGUUCCUAUGAUAACAGAUUGUAUACCAUUUGUGUGGUAUACUAGAUGUCAGUCAAUAGAAGAUAGAGUAACUAACAUUGACCAGCCUCUAUAAUAAGAGGAUAUUAUGACAAGUAGCCACUACUAAUAGGAUGACAAGACUGAGUGAGAUGUUUUUUUUUUUCACCUAGAAGGGUCUUUAGCUAAAAGUCAAAUGAAAAAAAAGGAGAAUCAGUAAUUGGAAGACAGUACCAUAAUUAUUUUACUCAAAAUAGCAAGGCAAGACUGGAGAGAGAGAUAUUUAUUUUUACAAGUCACCUCACUUUACACAACCACAAUGCAUCUGACUGCAAUAAUCUACUUACAAUUGGUCUCCAGGAUCAUCUUUUCACCAAGAAGCCAGUGUCACUCUCUCAUGUAGCUGUAAAGUACUUGUAUAUAGAAUAUAAAAGUGAAGAUAUUUAUUAAAUGGUGAUGUUCUUGAUAGACUUUAUUUACUGCAUAUUUACAAAUAUAGCAACUGCCAUUUUCCUGCCUAUAUUAAAAAGUUAUAGGGUAUGCAGUUUGCACGGCGGUCCUUCAUAGGUUAUAAGCUAAAAUGUAAACUACUGCAUAAAUUCAGAAAUUCUGUUCCAAUCACAAUCCCAUUUCACAACAAAAUUUCUCUCACUUUGUUAAUAUUUGACUCAAAAUGUAGUUAGAAUUUGACAUACAAUUUUUUGUAUCCAAAAAUUGUCCAUGAUGACACCAAAAAACGUUACACUUAAGAAGUGUAUAAUUAGGUUUAGACAAUGUGUAAAGAAUUUAAAAGUAAGCAACAAAAGUAACAAAAUGAAACGAUAAAGUAACCAGACAAUAGAAUUAAGUUGUCUAAAGAAACAAGUGGGCUUUCCCAUGUUAAUAUUUUGUAGUCAUUGUUUGUAAGCUAACCAUCUGGAGUAUUGACUUGAUGCCUCCAAAGUCUUUUUCAAUAAACCUUUGGAAGCCAUCCUAAAGUAGUUUUUACUCAGUAUUUAUUCAGACAACCCCUGAGCCACAAACAGAUAACUAUGUUUAUUAUUCCCAAAAUUCUAAUCCAUAUUCAAAAAUGUUCCUUCAUUUUAUUGUCUGGGUGUAGAUAUUCAUUAUGCCAAAUGUCGCUUUGGUUUAUCUUGUAUUUCCCAUAAAGCUCUUUUGAGACCUUUUAAAGUGUACACUACUGAUGCUGUUUGUUGUAUUGGGGAGCACUUCACAAUAAAAAGCUUUUAACAUACUAUAAAUAUUGUAUGGCUUCUUAUUGCAUGUGUAACAGAGCCCAUUGUGAGAAUUUAAACACAAUUUAUAGUAUUAUAUAUUACAGCAUUUAUUUCUUUACUGAUUCCUACAUAUUUUUACUUAAAAGCCAAAUGAAACAAUGAGCUAUAAAUGUACAACAGAAAUGUGUCACUAUAAAAGGGGUUUUUUCCACUACAUUUUGAUUGAUCCACAGGAUAAGUAAUUAAUUGCUGAUUGGGUGCGGGAAGCCCUGCGCCAUUUGUUGUAUAGUGGUUAUGCCAGGUAAAUGCAGCUUAGAGCCCAUUUACUCUAAUGCACCAUCACUAUGCCAUGAAUGCUGUUGUGCUCCAGGUCCCAUACAUUGUAUAGUGCAAGACGCCAAACAGCUGGUCAGCGGGGUGCCGACUGUCGGACGCCCCAUGUGUGGUUAGUGACCUAUCCUGUAGAUGGCCCAAUAUUCAAAACGUCUGGGAAAACCCCUGUUAUCCAAUAUUUUCUUAACUCAUAAAGCAAAAUACAUUUUUUACACAGUUUAGUUCUACAUUGAAUGCGUAUAAAAAUAAGCGCAAGCUUUCAAAUAUAUUGCUGUAUGAUUUUUUGCAUCAAUUGUAAUCAAACUGCUACAUAUGCAAUUUUUUUUGUUUUACCAUUUGCAUAUGUAGCAGUUUUCAAGACUUUUGGACCAUGCAGCAGGUUAGCUGCAUUAUGCUUUCUCAUGUGAAACCUCACCAGCUUAGUUUUAGGGGGUAGGUGUAGGUGAAUGGGAGAAAUGGUAAUGUUGUGUAUAUUUCCUUGUCUUCUAGCCCUCUGUGGCAAAGUGCUUGGGUUUCUCUGGGCUGUAUCUGUCACUGGUGUGUGUGCAGUCUACAUUCUGUAGGAGCCCUUGGUUUAUAUAGAAGCAACAGCAUUAAUCUCUUGGUGACUGACUGGUAGAAGGAACGUUCCUUCCACACUAUACUGGAAGAAGUUUGGGCUAAAGUACCAUUUUAGCCCAAACAGGACACAAUGAGAUCCCUGUGGUGGUUGAUGUACCUAAUCCCAAAAUAACGCAUUCCCAAAAGGUUUUGGUUUCUUGCAUUAUAUUGCCUGAUCCCCUUAGUACAAAUUACAAUUGAGUAAUUAAGUAUCUAUCUAGACUUCACCAUGUAGGGUUUUUUUUUUUAAUACCUAAGGGGGGAAUUUUUAAUUGUUGGUGUUGAACGAUUUUUGUCUACCAUUGAGUGGUGGUAAAAUGUCUGGGCACCAAAUUUUUUAAAUGAGAACAAGAGUAUGGAAGGAAAAAUUAGAAUGUUCUUUUCAUAUGGCGCC